GGUGAUCCUGGUAGGGAUAGAUAGAGAUGGACGGGGAGAGGGCAUCAUUCACUUAUGAAAGGGUUCAAGUUGACUCAGACUGAGACAAAUGUAAUGCAAGAAAGUGAGUGACAACAAUAAAGUUUGAAUUUUUAUUUUGGCUUUGGCAUUAUCUUUGUUUCGGAACUGCUGGAAUGGCUCUUCCUCUGAGAGCUUCAUGAGAAAUCUAGCGGCAGCUACGACCUGAUACAAUGAGAAAGGAAAAAAAAUGUUCUUUCAUCAGGACAGUUGCUUCAGAGUUAAGUUGCACUUCGGAAGAAAAUUAAGUAGAUAUUGAGAGUUUCUAAUGUCGCUGGUGCCUUUUUGCAUUUCUUUAUGAACUGAAAGUGCUCAGUUACUGAAAGUCUAGAACUUCCUCGUGGUUCAUUCUCUUUAACAAACUUUGCUUUUAUUAAAAAAAAAAAAAAGAUCUGAUUCAAUGCAAUACCAUGGAAUCUGGAAAUGAGGAAUUGGAGCCUGCAUCACAAUUAAUAAUGCAUGACCAUCUGGAUGCCAUGCAUACCAGUAGAAGGUCUUCUGACCUUCACACAUUGGAUGUUAAGCCUGUUCUUAAUUACUCCAUACAGACUGGUGAGGAAUUCGCUCUUGAGUUCAUGCGAGAUAGGGUGAAUCUCAAGAAGCCUGGAUUUCCAAAUGCUGGUGAUCCCAAUUGCACAUCAGGUUACAUAAAACUGAAAGACAUUCUAGGUGUCAGUCAUGCAGGAUCUGAAAGUGGAUCAGAGAUUUCUAUGCUUUCAAUGGUUGAAAAGGGUCCAAAAGAGUAUGAUAAAAAGAACUUGUCAUUACAUGAAGACAGAAGCAAUUAUGGGUCAGUUCGAUCAUUACCAAGAACCUCAUUCAAUCAAGACAAAAAUCAAUUUGUGCAUGGUUAUACCUCUUUGGGAGGCUCUGAUCUAUCAAACACAAUGAAAGUUCUUUGCAGCUUUGGUGGUAGAAUAUUACCUCGGCCAAGUGAUGGAAAGCUAAGGUAUGUUGGAGGUGAAACACGCAUGAUCCGUUUAAGAAAAGACAUAUCUUGGCAGGAUCUGAUGCAUAAAACAUUAUCAAUCUAUAAUCAAACUCAUAUACUUAAGUAUCAGCUUCCUGGGGAAGAGCUUGAUGCUUUGGUAUCAGUGUCAUCUGAUGAGGAUUUGCAGAAUAUGAUGGAAGAAUGUAACCAUCUGGAUGAUAGAGAAGGAUUGCGAAAUCUUAGGAUGUUUUUGUUUUCAAUUAAUGAUUUAGAGGAUGCUCAGGUUGGUCUCAAUGUCACGAAUGAUGAUUCUGAGAUCCAAUUUGUCAUUGCUGUCAAUGGCAUGGACUUAGAUCCAAGAAACAACUCAACCCAUCUUAGUGUGAGCUCUUUAGCAAAUAAUUUACACGAAUUGGACGGGCACAAUGUUGAAAGGGAGACUAGUAGAAUUGCUGUAGAAACUGGAGGUUUCAACAAAGCUCACUUGACCAGUAAAAUUAGUUCAUCAUUAACCAUGCAGUCUUCCCAGCCAAUACCACCAACUUCAUCAAAUGCUUAUGAAACCUAUCCACAUUUCUAUAUUGAUCAGAUGGCACGUCUUGGGGAAAUCGUUAGUCAGUAUCCAAUUCACCAAGACCUUAAUGUUUCCCAGAACUCUGCUGAUCCUACUACUAUUCCUCCUCAUGGGAUGAUUAAUCUACCUGGAGCUUUAAAUGAGGGCUAUUUACCUAGUGGAUUACCAGUACAGAAUUCCAAAAUACUGACAAUGCAGGUGACUAAUUUGGGUGAUAGCUCAGUUCAACAAGGAAGUGACCCUGAGAAAGUUUUAGCCAUGCAAACACCACCUGUUGCCCCCUCUCAACCAUUUGAUGGGUACUUGAAAAAUAAUUUUCCUGAGGAUACAGUAGCUGUUACUUUACAAGAGGGGCAUAUGCCUUCAUCACCUUCAGCAAAAAAAGACCAGCACCAGGAUAAUCAAGAAGCCUCUUCUACAUCUGGCAGUGCACUUGCUCCUGCUUACGCUGAUUCCCAGUCCAAACCAUAUGAUCUGAGUGGUCUUCAACCUCCUCCACUUCCAAAGAGAGUUUACUAUUCAGAAAGAACUCCCAGAGAGCAAGCUGAGACACUGAAUCGCUCCUCAAAGUCAGAUGAUACUGAGGGCUCUCAGUUUCUUGUGUCAGAUUUACUUUCUGAUAUCAAGCCGCAGGGUUCAGUUGCAGAAUCUGGUGACAACAUGCAUAAUAGAAAUCUUACCAAUCGUUCUGAGGAAUUGAACAUUGCAGCAAAGCCAUUGCAUGCAGAUGGCCACGCUAUUUAUAAUGGAUUUUCCAGACCGCCAAUGCAUGUGCCUGAUGAGAGCAGUCAGACAAAAUUUAAGCUAUCAGAACAUGUAAAUCCUGAAUUGAGGCAGGCCUUGCCAGACAAUAAGGCAAGUAAGGAUGAGAUAAAUGAGGAUCAGUUUAAUAAGUUGGAAGCUGAAAGUCAUUUUAAAGAUAACCCGGAGAAGCCUCUGCUUGAUGAAAACAAAAACAGUACUUUGCAGCAGCUUCCUUCCGUUAAUCAUUAUGAUGAUCCAGCAUCCGAACUUCCAGAGAUCAAUUGGAAUGACACCUUUAGGAAGGAGUCCAAUGAUGAUUGUGUGACACAAGCACUACCUGUUUCUUCUACUGAGCACCCAGUUGAUGAUGUUUCUCAAGAUUUUCCCUCUAAUGUUUUUUCCAAGCAAGCACAAGGUGUUCUUAUUAAUAUUGAUGAUCGAUUUCCCCGUGAAUUGCUUUCUAAUAUGUACUCUCAAGCAACACUUGCAGAAGAUUCAUCCAGUCUACUUCCGCUAACCAAGGAUGGAGUUAGUGUAAGCAUAGCCAUGGAAAAUCAUGAACCUAAACCAUGGUCAUAUUUUCAUAAAUUGGCACAAGGGCUUGAUAAUGUGACCUUGAUUGACCGGGACCAUCAUGAUUUCUCACCUGCACUAGGAAAUGAAGCCGGGGAUAAUAAAAUUCCCCUGAUUACACCGGUAAUGACUGAUGGAAUAUCUCUAGAUCAUGUAGAAUCCCGCCCCAACUUUGGUGAAGAAAAUCAGAAAGACUGGGAGGGAAUGAUUGGAACUGAAACUGCUGAAUCAAAUUAUGGUCAUAAUCAUUCCCAAAUGAAGGAAACUGAAAGCAUGCAGUUUGAUGCUAUGAUGGGAAACGUAAGAGCACAAGAAUCAGAAUAUGAGGAUGUCAAUUUUGGAAAAAGAAACAGUAGUCUACCACCUCUGGAUCAUUCUAUAGGAGAUGUUGAUAUCAAUACCUUUCAGUUCAUAAAGAAUGAAGAUCUUGAAGAGUUGAAGGAACUGGGUUCUGGUACCUUUGGGACUGUUUAUCAUGGAAAAUGGCGGGGGACCGAUGUUGCCAUUAAAAGAAUCAAGAAAAGCUGCUUCACUGGUCGAUCAUCUGAACAAGAAAGACUGACUCUAGAGUUCUGGCGCGAAGCUGACAUACUUUCCAAACUUCAUCAUCCAAAUGUGGUGGCAUUUUAUGGUGUGGUUCAGGAUGGACCUGGUGGAACAAUGGCCACUGUUACUGAAUUCAUGGUGGAUGGUUCGCUUAGGCAUGUAUUACUUCGCAAGGAUAGGUAUCUUGAUCGUAGGAAGAGGCUGAUAAUUGCCAUGGAUGCUGCUUUUGGAAUGGAAUAUUUGCACUCAAAAAAUAUUGUGCAUUUUGACUUAAAAUGUGACAAUUUGCUUGUGAACAUGAAAGAUCCUUUACGGCCAAUCUGCAAGGUUGGAGAUUUUGGGUUGUCAAAAAUCAAAAGAAAUACCCUGGUAUCCGGUGGUGUGCGAGGAACCUUGCCAUGGAUGGCGCCAGAGCUGCUGAAUGGCAGCAGCAACAAAGUCUCAGAAAAGGUUGAUGUAUUCUCCUUUGGCAUAGUAUUAUGGGAGAUUCUAACGGGUGAGGAGCCGUAUGCCAAUAUGCACUAUGGUGCAAUUAUAGGUGGGAUAGUAAAUAACACAUUAAGGCCAACAAUCCCAAGUAAUUGUGAUUUGGAAUGGAGAACACUAAUGGAGCAAUGUUGGGCGCCGAAUCCUGCAGCCCGGCCGUCCUUCUCCGAAAUCACUAGUCGCUUGCGUGUAAUGUCAGCAGCAGCGAGUCAAUCCAAAGCACAAGGCCACAAAGCAGCUAAAUGAUUGUAAAAGAGAUACCCAUGCUGUUUUUCCUACCCCCUUUUAUAUAUAUAUAUAUAUAUAUAUAUAAUGGCCAUUGAUACUGUCAAAUUAAUUCAUUGAAUGAUACCCCAUGGAAGCAAUAUUUUACCAGGGGUGGUGAGAAUCUUGUAGGUUUUGUCUAUUUAUUUUCUUUCAUCUAAUUCUAUACUGAGCAAAUUUUUUGUUGCAUCUGUACUGCUGCAGAAUUGCAAAAUAGAAACUUUGGUUUCUAUUAUGGUUUC